AUGGAUUUCGUCGUAUCUGAUCGCGGGAUCACCCACACGCCGUACGUGCUACGCGCGCGGGCUUGUUUUACAAAUCCCCUGGUCGUCAGCUGCCACUGGGCAUCAUUGCUGAAAACGUCCAGCGCGAUGAUUCAUGCGACCUAGAAUACAGAAAAUACGAUUAUUCGAUCCUCUUUCUCAGUCGUCGAGGCGAGGCUGCAAACGCUCCUCAAAGAUGGGCCAAACACUUUCAUGGACUUUAAGUGGCUGCGGCCGGAAUUGCCUGCCUUCUUCGACGAGAAGAGGUUCCUCCUCGGCCAGCGGAUGUUUUACAAUAAUGUUUUCACGAUGAUGAUUGCCAAACUUUCGGGCCUGUUAUCCUUGUUCGCGGUACCGUCGAUCAGGAACGUUUUAAUGUUCACCAGACAGAGCGGCACGCCGUGCGCCGCGUUUCAUAGAUACGUGGCCACCAUCUUUCACACGUGGGUCUGGUACGGGAAGAGACCUGGAACAGCGCACGAGUUCCUCGACUCAUUGAAGAUCGUCCGGAAAAAACACUGCGUGGCGUUUCGCAGAACCUCGGAGGCGGGUCUCAGCCGUGUCACGCAACUGGAUAUGGCGUUGGCUCAGUUCGGAUUCAUGGGAUUCACCCUUCUGGCCGGCGACUAUCUUGGGGUGAACAGCAGUUCCGAGGAACUCGACGGACUGAUUCACUUCUGGCACGUCGUCGGCAGCAUGCUCGGAAUGGAAGACAAAUACAACCUUUGCACCGGAAACAUCGAAGAGACCCGCGCUCUUUGCAGACGCGUACUGGACGAGGUUUUCCUCCCGUGUCUCGCCACCGAGAACAAAGAUUUCGACAAGAUGGGCCGAACCAUGCUCGAGGGUCUCUGGCCGGUGAACCCGUUCAUAGAUCCAAACGCGUUCAUCGCGUUCACGCUCACAUUGGCGUCCUCGAGCGCCACGAACAACAAUCAUUCGUUGAAAAUAGACACGUCACACCUGUCCUGGUACGCAAGAUUAAUCUUGAAUAUGCAAUUAAUGGUGCACAAAUACCUGUUGCCGCCCACGUACUGGUGGUCCUUUCUGUUCCGAGCGUAUCUGAACAGUCAGAUGCGACUGGUCGUCUACUUAACGAAGCAUCUGCCGUUUUUGGCGUUCUGGAGUUACGGUAUAAAGAACUCUUACGUGGACAUAUACAAAUACCGAGUGAUUUGA